GCUGUGGUGGAGAUCAGAACCUCCUCCAGAGACGGAGGCUGAACUUGUGGGACGCUCCCUGUCAACAGCCGGUUUCAAGGGGACCCGCAGCGCGUGAGGCUGCGGCUGUUCCCCCAACUCCUGCUGUCACGCGUUGCUGCAACUUUUAACUACUUUCAUCAACUUUUUAACUAGUUUCAUUAACUUUGUACUGAGUUCACCGAGGCUCUGGAGUGCGACAGCGGAGUGUUCAGCCUGGAGCGUCCCCGAGAAGAACCUGUAACUUCAGCUGCUGCUCCAGGGAGAACCGAGGAGAACCGAGGAGAACCUUAAACUGCAGUUUCUAACUCGGAGCCUGUCCCUCCUCGGUAAGGGACCGUGGUCAAAGUGCCGCCCCGCCGCGCCGCAGCCAUUCCUGCAGCGGGGAGCCUUGAAACCUCCAUGUUUGGAAGUUAGACUCCAGCCCGCAGCUCCACAUUGAAUCACAGUCUCCGGCUCCCGGACACAUGUUGCUGCUGGCUGCGCGGCCGAAGCUGGGUCACCUCCCCCGGGCUGCGAUGGACGAGCUGUAGCCGACUUCGGACCUCCGUGUUCCGCAGAGAGACGUCCGCAGCUGGAAGAGAUGGAUCCGAGCUCAGUCAUCACACAAGUGAACCGGGAGGACGAGGCGAGCCGAGCCGGUGCGGAGCGAGGCUCUUCUCCGUCUCUCUCCACCAAGAAGCCGAGGAGCAGAGGCCUCUUCUCCAGCCUGUUCUGCUGCCUCUGCCGGGACCAGCCCGAACCCCCGCCGGUCAACAACAACGCCCCCCUGCUGGUGGAGGAGAACGGCACCGUCUCCAAGAUCCAGGUGAAGCCGCUGCUUCCUCCACUGAAGUCAAAAGACUCUGGAAAGAUCUGUGUGGUCAUAGAUCUGGACGAGACGUUAGUCCACAGCUCCUUUAAGCCUGUGAACAACGCAGAUUUCAUCAUUCCUGUGGAUAUAGAAGGAACCGUGCACCAGGUGUACGUCCUGAAGCGACCACACGUCGACGAGUUCCUCAAAAGGAUGGGAGAGCUGUUUGAGUGCAUCCUGUUCACCGCCAGUUUAGCAAAGUACGCAGACCCUGUUUCUGACCUGCUGGACAAGCGGGGCGCCUUCCGCUGUCGCCUCUUCCGAGAGUCCUGCGUUUUCCACCGAGGAAACUACGUGAAGGACCUGAGUCGCCUGGGUCGCGACCUGAACAAGGUCAUCAUUGUGGACAACUCCCCCGCCUCCUACAUCUUCCACCCCGACAACGCAGUGCCUGUGGCCUCGUGGUUCGACGACAUGUCCGACACCGAGCUGCUGGACCUCAUCCCGUUCUUCGAGAGGCUGAGCAAAGUGGACAGCGUCUACACGGUCCUCCAGCACCAAGGCACAGCGAGCUAACAGCGUUAGCGUCGACCUCCUCUUCUCCGAGCACGGCCGCACAUCACGUCAACCAGCUCCUGAACCUGGGAGCGUUUCCCUGAAUACAUCCCUCUCCAGGAGUCAUCACUGCCACCUACUGGCCAAACAGAAAACUGCCUAACUUCACUUUCCCCCCUCGUCACGAACCAGCUCUCGUGUGAACGGACGAACGUGAUGAAGGAAUAAAUGUUGGAGGACGUUUCUCCACUGAACCUGAUCAUGAAGCUCGAAGCGGGAGGCGAGAGGAAAGGGAUUAUGGGAAAGUUCUACGAUCGGACUACUCAUGGAAAAAGCAGAGUGUGUUUGUACUUAGAAAACACUUGAGUCACGUUAUGUCCGUCACACGGCCUCAUCUUCUGCAGCUGUCAUCACGUGACGCUCGGGCUUUUACAGCAACGUCAUCGGAACAAAUCAAACUGACGUCAAACCAGGAAACACUGCAGUUUAGAUUUAUAAAUCCCAGUUUAAGUAUUUAAUAAUAAUAAUUAAUACUAUUUUUCUAUAAAAUCAAUAUCUUUAAACAACAGGAAGAAAAGUAAACUUUGAAGCACAGGAUCAAAUCGAUGUAUUAAUAAGACGACUGCAGAUUUUUACUUUUUCCCCAAACUCCGACUCGUGUACGAACAUCGAACCACCUGAAUGUGGCGUGAAGCAGCGGACGCCGGACGCCCUGGACGGCCGAAGCACAAACGUGUCCCUCCGCCUGCGAGACGACAGGACCAGGAUCUGAAACCAGCCGACGUCAGGUCGUUUUUUAAAAAAGUUCUGUAACCUGUUUUUAAAGCCACAAACAAAACUUGAAUUUCUCAAGGCGUUGACAGAAAGUUUUCUUUUUUAUGAAGCGGUACACGUUCGCUUGAAACUGUUUCAGGACUUUGUAAUGAAACAUGUCGGAGUGUGUGUGUGCGUGCACGUGCUCCAGGAUAAUUAACUCAGUCCAGAUUUAAAGGGGAUAUCCACCAUAAAACUGGGAUGCUGGUUUCCUCCUGCAGCUCCGCCUCCUGUGAUUCAUUCCGUCGCACAGAUGUGACGACACGGAGCCUGACUGCUUAAUUCUUUUAAAGCUCUGCGGCUCCCUGAUUGGUCAAUUUGCGGCGCCGUCUGGUCAACGGGGCGUUGUCGUGUCGGCCAUAUGCGUCGACAAUAAACCACGUGUGGAUUAAAGAACCACGGUGAGAAAGACGGUGACGUAAACAAGACGAAACCAGAGACUAAAUAAAGAUGGACGACAUGAAAGUGAAGCCAAAGCGUCUCCAUCGCCCCCUGGUGGUGGCCGGCUGUAGUAUAGGUCAUAAACCCUGCCUCUAACUAAAUAGUCAAAGUACUCGUUAAAUCGAUUUUUCGGUCAUUGUAGGUAGUUCUUAUCACACUGUUUGUGCUUGAAUUAGUUACUUGAUGACUCCGAAUGAUGUCACCACCACAAGAUGGCGUCGCUCCAACCCCGGAUAUUUAGGCUUCACUUCUGGUCAGUGGAAGGAAGUAGAGAUGUGUCGUCCAUCUUUAUUUAGAGUGAAGGACAAUUAAAUCCAUUAAAUCCACCACAUUAAGAGAUGUUUCAUUAUUUACUACGUUUAACAAAUUCCUUUCUAAAUAACUAGUGAUUUUAAUUAUUAUUGCGCAGCGGUGUUCCUCUGAUCUGAUAUUUACAGUUCCAUGACAGACGUGUUCGUGUGCGAAGCAGCUGAGCAUCUGACUGUUAUUGGCACAAACAGGGUCACGUGUGUCGUUACCUGUUCCUCCAUGUCUUUAUCUUGAAUUCAUAGGAAAGGAGAGUUUAUAGGAACGUUUGAGUCGCUGCAGGACUCGUUCUUCUCACGUUCACUAGAGUUGUAUAUUUAGUUUUGCACAGUAAUAAAAGCAAACCGAUGUCGUUAAUAUAUGAGAUAUUCCUGUUGUCGUGAUUCAGUAGAUGUAACCUAGUUCUUCACCUGUGUCGUUUUAUCAAACCAAAUUAUACAUGAACCGUGUAAUGAUGUCAUUUCCUUUUUCCAUAAAUCUGAAGUCAAACAUG